AUGCGUACGCAGGAGCUGGCGCUGCAAUACCACACGCUUGAUACCCGCGUCAGCAUGCUCUCCGACACGGUGGCGAACUCGUUGGUGAGGGUGACAGAAAGGGCUUCUGCCACGGCCUCCGCAGGGGGUGCGACCGUGAACAGCCGCCAACGCGAACGCCAACCUGCACGGCACGACCACAUUCGGUCACUCCAGUCUGUCAGCCGCCGAGCGCUCAGCCACCGCCGACGCCUCCAUGCGCGGCACAGACAUCCCGCUCCCGGCGUCCCACACCCCCGCGAGUCCAGCGGCAGAGCCGCAGGAGGCACACACCCCGGCGGUCGCCACUCCUCCCGCCCAGCGGCUCGCCAACGAGAGCGGGCUGAUGCGUGCGAGCGGGGAGGACGCGGAAACGCGCAUCAGCGCAUUUCCCCUGUGCGCGCCAGCCUUGGCGCAACGGCAGCGACCACACCCGGCAGCAGCCUCGCCCACGCUCUGGAGGCCCCACUAAGAAAAGGGGCCGGUGGGCGCCACACGCCUUCCCAGGGACGCCUGUUUGACUCGACGCACCCAACGCCGACAAUGACGUCCUCCUCCUCCCGCUCGCGGAGUCAGGGCGAGGAAGACAGGUCGCAGCCUUCGUCGUCCUCUGGCUUGCCACCCCCCGUGCCCACGAAAUCGACCAAGGAGGAGACGCCGACGCAGCAGUCGAUGCAGGAGCCAAAGCGCCCGCCACCCCCCACCGCCCUCCGGCCAGCGCCGACGCGACCCUGCUGGGUGGUGGCAGCACCGUCGGACAGCGCACUGUCAUAUCGCGCUUCAUGCCGCUGCCCGACGAGGCAAGAAAGGGCAGACAGUCCUCAACGCCGCCGUGCUAGCCGCGAGGAAAAAGAGGAGGAGCAGGCGUCGGCUGCCGAGCCUCGGCGCCAGUCGUUGCCCGGAGCAUGGGUGCCCCCCGUCAGCGACUUGCUGUCAGCGUCCACAGACAUCGACAACACGGCCGCCACGCGGACGGUGGAGAAGCAGCAGCGACCGCAGGACGAGGGCCGAAACUCCCCUCGGGACGAUCGGCCAAGUGCGGCGAGCGGCAUCGUGGAGGGCGGCAUCGCCUCCUCCGGCGAGCGCGCCGACCCGCCGCAGGCCAGCGCCCACCGCUUCGAUGACUGGGACGACGACGAGAGGACGACAGCGACGGGAGCGAAAACCCCGCGGUGGAUCUUCCCAUGGGCAGCGACAGCGACGACAGCGGCGACGCGGUUCUGCCGAUGGACGCGACGGCCACAACGCCAACGCGGGCAGACGCGUGAGGGGGGUGGCGGCAGUGGAAUCACCAGACCCAAAAGGCCCCCAAGCCGCGGCUGCCCUGCGCGCCACGCCGCGCAAGGACUUCCUGGGCGGCAUUAA